AUGGCAACUCCCGAGGAUUUGAAGAUAAAUGCGGAGCACAUAAGAAUUGCUGAUCAAUUCGUAGAAGUUCCUGGUGGUACAAAUAAUAACAAUUAUGUGAAUGUGCAGCUCAUAGUUGAGGUUAGCACAAUUGAUCGUCCUCUUGGUCUUUUUUGUCUUGCUAUUGGCUUGAUUUGCUAUAGAACUUCCGGAUGCACUGAUGGAAAAAGGGAUAUUCUUGGGCCACCAUCAGCCGCAAUGGCAGCAUUGGGUGAUAAGAUUGGGUCAUCUCUAAUUGCACAAGCAGCAGGAGUUCCAACUCUUCCAUGGAGUGGAUCACAUGUGACAAUUCCACAAGAAAGCUGCCGUUCGAUACCUGAGGAGCUGUACAAGGACGCCUGUGUCUCCACUACAGAGGAGCUGUACAAGGAUGCCUGUGUCUGCACUAUAGAGGAAGCAGUAGCUAGUUGUCAGGUGGUGGGCUAUCCCGCUAUGAUCAAGGCAUCAUGGGGUGGUGGUUGUAAAGGAAUAAGGAAGGUGCAUAAUGAUGAUGAGGCGAGAGCUUUGUUUAAGCAAGUGCAGGGAGAAGUCCCUGGCUCACCUAUAUUUAUUAUGAAGGUGGCAUCCCAGAUGCUAGGUUGGUAG